GGCUUAAAUAAAAUAAUAAUUUCUUGUAUACCCCCUCCUCUUCCCUUAUACAGUUAAAUGCAAAUUCUCCUGUACAGUCGUAGCUUACUGCAUACAUAGCUGAUACGCCACCUACUGCAAAACUGAGCUGACAGUCCAUGCAUUGCUAGCAGCAUUUCCAUUCCAUCACCGUGCCGGAGCUGAAUAAAGGUGCUUUUAAAUACCUCUUUUUCAAGCAAACAAGAACCGGACAAAGCAGCUGUCUUUUUACUCUGCCUUAGAGAAUGGAGCGAAAGAUAAACAAAAGAGAAAAGGAAUAUGAAGAAAGACACAGCAACUCUGAGGGCUCUGAUCAAGACAAGAACUGUAAAAUGUCUCUGAUUACCCUCAAUGUUGGUGGAUAUCUGUAUAUUACACAGAAGCAAACACUAAGCAAGUACCCAGACUCUUUUCUUGAAGGUGUGGUAAAUGGAAAAAUUCUGUGUCCAUUUGAUGCAGAUGGCCAUUACUUCAUAGAUAGGGAUGGACUCCUUUUCAGGCACAUUCUGAACUUCCUACGAAAUGGAGAACUUCUUCUACCAGAGGGGUUUCGAGAAAAUCAACUUUUGGCACAAGAAGCAGAUUUUUUUCAGCUCAAGAUUUUAUCUGAUGCAGUGAAAUCAAGGUGGGAGAAAGAACAGCUAGCAUCCAGAGAGACUACUUUCCUGGAAAUAACUGACAGCCACGACCGUUCACAAGGUCUUAGAAUCUUUUGUAAUGCUCCAGAUUUCAUAGCAAAAAUCAAAUCUCGAAUUGUGCUAGUAUCCAAAAGCAGGCUUGAUGGAUUUCCAGAGGAGUUUUCAAUAUCUUCAAAUAUUAUUCAAUUUAAAUACUUCAUAAAGUCUGAAAAUGGUACACGACUUGUACUGAAGGAGGACAACACCUUUGUCUGCACCCUGGAAACACUUAAGUUUGAAGCUAUAAUGAUGGCUUUAAAAUGUGGAUUUAGACUGCUGACCAGUCUGGAUUGUUCCAAAGGGUCAAUUGUUCACAGCGAUGCACUUCAUUUUAUCAAGUAAUUACAAAGACAAAGGCAACGAGCAUGCAGUCCAGUAAACCUCAUUUAACUACAGCACCCAGGCAUCACAAAUAAUGUAUCUAACUAGCCUUGUACCACAGAGCUCUACUGCUAAUCAAUUAAUGUGACCUAAUGGUAUGUAAAUUCCAUAAUAACAUUCAUCUCUGAGUUAUUUGUGCUGAACAAGAAUUUUAUGCCUAAAUUUAAUAAUAAAAAAAAAUUGCUAAACAUUGUAAAUCCAGAUCAAAUACUGCUAUUUGCAUAUGUUUCCUUCAUGCUGCCUUUCAUCCAGAGAGUGUAGCUGAAACGGUUCUGUGUACUUGUAUGACUAACAUGCCUACACCUUAUUGUUCAGCUGAACAGUGCUGGAAGUAUUUUCAUUUAAUAUCCAAGCUUAAAAAUGUUUUGCUUAUGAAAAAAUUCACACUGGAUUUUAACUGGAAUAAAACAUUUUGAGUGUUCAUUACAGUUUCUGCAAAUCUAUUAAAAACAAAUUAUACUAAAAUGCAAUGAGACUAAAAAGGUUUAAAAGGCAUCAACUUGAUUUUGAAAUUAAACACCUAUGAUUCUACAGCUCACAUACUUGAAAGCAAAUUAGUGACUGAGCUGUACAUUUCAUGAGGAUUAUCAAAGAAAAUGCCUACACAAAAACUAGCAUAGCUUUCUUUUCUUAUUUCCUCCCAUACCUAUUAUAGGACAUAUUUGUAUUCAUUAAGGUAGGUAGAACUUGUUUAUUUAAAAUAUAUGUAUUUAAAGGUUAUUCAAAAGGUUUUGCAUACAAUGUCAAGCAACAGGUUUUCAAAUAAUGACAUCCUACUAUGCUGAAGUUGGUGUUUCUCACUAAUUACUGCUGUUCACAAAGAGUAGCAAAUUAACAGAUUCAUUGCUUUGCACAAUGGCUUGCUAAUAGUACCUGGAAUUUCUAGUUUUGAACAGAACACCUGCUGGUAUUUGACCUGCAUAAGUGUAAAUGGUAAAUUAGAUGUCUUUCUUCUUUCACACCAUCCAUACUAUUUAUUAUCUACUCCCUUCUUUCACUGAUUUUUAUUACAGUAUCAA